AAGCGGCGCUGCCGUUGCCCGUUGCCGUGGUGACCGAGCGGCGCUGCCGUUCCCCGUUGCCCUGGUGACCGAGGGGCGCUGCCGUUCCCCGUUGCCCUGGUGACCGAGCGGCGCUGCCGUUGCCCGUUGCUGUGGUGACUGGGAGACCGCGGCCUUCCCUCUCGGUGGCUGCCCGGGCCCGGGGAAUGGCGAGGGGCCAAGACCUCAAAUUAACCCAGGGCCUUCCGUCUCUCGCCUUUGAGGUACCGCUUACCGAGGAGGAAACAGACUUAAGCGAAUACCUUCGGAUCCGGACAUGGACCCUGACCGUCUGCGCCUGUGCACACGCCGCCUUCUACUGCCGGCUACUGACAGCGGUCAGAUGCAAAAUACUGAAUGGAAUCCAUUUUACCAACUCCUGGAUAGCAAAAUACCAGAUCCUUAACUUUAACAGAGGAUCUCUGAGAAUUGGGGUGCUUGGCUGUGGCCACUUCGGGAAGCAACUGGUAUUAUCCUUACUUCACCUGACAGACCUGACUGCAACAUGUAUCACUGUCUCUACCAGGAGACCGGAAAAGCUCAGUGACCUCUCAGAAAUGGGAAUCAAGUGUUUUUAUGAUAACAAACGACUGGCAGCCUCAGUAGAUGUGAUGUUUCUCUGCUGUCUACCAUCUCACCUGUUGGCUGUUGCUUCUCAAAUUCACGGUUGCAUUGCUGAAUCCUGCGUCGUAUAUAGUGUUGUAACUGCAGUGCCUGUGGCAAGGCUCAAGAACCUCCUGGCACACAGCAGCAUUGUGAGGCCACAUUAUUUCUUCCACAGAAAAAGUGCGUGGCCUAAACUGUGGCAGAGUGGCAGAACUCCUGUUGAAGCCCUAAAGAUUCAAAAAGUUAUUGAGGUGACAUCGCCAUUUAAAAAGGCUUCUAUUUCGUGUCUGGACCCCAAGUGGUUCGAAGAAGUAAUGUAUUCUGUCCUGAAUGUCCUCCACUUACUGAAAGUGCCCCAUCACCUCUCACUGGACAUACUCAAUGACCUCAUGUUCAGCCCUUCACAAGGUGUGGAAGCAAUUGACAACCCAACUUUGUUUACUCGUGAAAGCUUCGUUAACGCACCCUGCAUUCAGCUACUGUCAAAUAACAGCCCAUUCCCCUGGUUUGACCUGGCAUCUGUGUCCAUCAGAGACACCCCCCUCACAAAGUUCUUCUUGAUACAUCCACGCCUGCAGCAACACCUCAGCUUCAUAUACCGGAUGUCUUUGCUAAGGAAGAAACAACUGUCUGAAUAUAGUGAUUGCUGUGGACGCUGAACCUGUCUGAGGAGAGGUGGGCGGCAGCUAAGUGAUUGAACUACAAGUGCCACACAGUUAUAUGUUCACACCAUCGAGAGGAAUUUAUAGAUCAGAAAGACAAUUCCAGAAGGCAACUAAAUGACCAGUCCUAAAGCACAAAAGUCUCAUUCGAUACAUCUGGACACAUCACUCACUUUGCUGUCUAGUAAUCUGUCCAGCUCCCACUUGUUGCCAGGGAUCUCCUUUCCCUGAUCAGUUUCCUGUCUUUUACAACCUGUCACUGCAGAGUCUUUGGCCACUCAUUGAAAUUGGGGACUCUUUUGUGAAAGGUGAAAGAUCAGUGAUUGGGUUUAAGUUCAAAUUUCCCCUUCGACUUUGGAUAUUUACUGGGGGCUCACUUUAUGCUCCGCUAGCAAAAGUGUGUGCGCCUGGGUCAAUUGUUGAUAAUUGGCUCAUGAACUCAGGAUAAAAGUGGAAAGAAUUACUUUUGGAAUUUUAUUUCAAGCUGAUCUCUGUCCAUUCUCCAUUCCCCGCCGCUGUCCCAUUGCACUGUUUGCUUCAGCCAUAUCCCAGAAGAGAGUAAAGGCCUGGGGAACAGUGGAGCAGGGACUGACUGCUGUGGAGAAAGGGGACAAUUAACAGCUUUCUCUUCAGUCAAUGAUGUCUUUGUGAAGUGACACCAAAUUAGACAAAUGCAUAUCAGAUGUUCCAGCCUCUUUAUUUUAAUAAGUUCAACAAGGACAGUAUUUCCAUGCAUUUCUUUCUGUUGUUCCACUCUAAGUCACAAUUAAAGAAAACAUUUUUUUUAUGUCUAGGCCUUUCCAGUUGAUGUCAGUUUCAACUUUCGACCAUAAACAUCAAUCAGUGCCUGAAUAGGAAGAAUUAUAUUUUUGUCCAGCUUAUUUUGUCACAUCAGCCACCAACACAGAAGUAAUUUAAAACUAUUGGAGUAUUUUGAAAUUGUAGUCACUGUGGUAGGAAACUUACCGAAACAGCAGUGCAAAUAAUAACCAACAUAUGAUCCCUCUCUAACCCUAAUCCUCAGAAUUCUAAAUUUCACUGGACUCUGGAGCAGUUCCAGCAGGUUGGAAAACAGCAAGUGUGAUGCCACUGUUUAAAAAAGGAGGUAGACAAAAAAUGAGGAAUUAUAAGCCAGUUAGCUUAACUUCUAUAGUGGGAAAAAUGCUUGAAUCUACUAUCAAUGAAAAAAUAGCAAGACAUCGAGAUAUAAAUUGUCCCAUUGGGCAGACACAGCAUGGGUUCAUGAAGGCAAGAAUUUAACUAAUUUACUGGAAUUCAAUGAAGACAUUAUGAGUGCGAUGUGCACAAUGGGGACCCAGUAGAUGUGGUGUAUCUAGAUUUCCAAAAGGCAUUUGACAAGGUGCCUCACAAAAGGCUGCUGCAUAAGAUAAAGGUGCAUGGGGUUACAAGCAAUGUAUUGGCAUGGAGAGAGGAUUGGUUAACUAACAGGAAGCAAAGAGUGGGGAUAAAUGAGUACUUUUCUGGUUGGUGAUCAGUGACUAGUGGUGUGCCUCAGGUAUCAGUGUUGGGACCACAAUUGUUUACAAUUUAUAUAGAUGAUUUGGGAGUUGGGGACCACAUGUAGUGUCUCAAAGCUUGCUGAUGACACUAAGAUGAGUGGUAGAGCAAAGUGUGCAGGGGACUCUGAAAGUUUGCAGAGGGAUAUAGAUAGUUAAAGUGAGUAGGCAAAAGCCUGGCAGAUGGAACUCAAUAUUGAUAAAUGUAAAGUCAUCCAUUUUUGGUAGGAAUAAAAGUAAAAGGGACUAUUACUUGAAUGGUAAAAAAAAUUGCAGCAUGCUGCUGUGCAGAGGGACCUGGGUGUCCUUGUGCAUGAAUCACAGAAGGUUGGUUUGCAGGUUCAAAAGGUAAUUAAGAAGGCAAAUGGAAUAUUGUCCUUCAUUGCUAGAAGGAUUGAGUUUAAAAGGAGGGAGGUUAUGUUGCAGUUGUGUAAGGUGCUGGUGAGGCCACACCUGGAGUACUGCAUGCACUUUUAGACUCCUUACUUGAGAAAGGAUGUACUGGCACUAGUACAGAGCAGAUUCACUAGGUUGAUUUCAGAGUUGAAAGGGUUGGUUUAUGAGGAGAGACUGAGUAGAUUGGGAUUAUAUUCAUUGGAAUUUAGAAGAAUGAGGGGGUAUCUUAUAGAAACAUAUAAAAUUAUGAAGGGGAUAAGAUAGAAGCAGGGAGGAUCAGGGGGAACAAAUUUAGGACUGAAUUGAGGUGAAACUUCUUCAUCCAAAUGGUUUUGAAUCUGUGGAACUCCCUGCUCAGUGAAGUAGUUGAGGCUUCCUCAUGGAAUGUUUUUAAAGCUAAGAUAAUUUUUUGAACAGUAAAGGAUUUAAGAGUUAUGGUGAGAGAGUGAGUAAGUGGAGCUGAGGCCACGAAAAGAUCAGCCAUGAUCUUAUUACAUAGCUUGCUCCUGGUUCUUUUGUUUUAAUUCUGGCCAUGACAGGUGGAGAACUCCCCUACUUUUUCAAAUAGUUUCAAGGGAAACUAGCUUUUUUAAAACUUAUUCUUUCAUGGGAUAUGUGUGUCACAGCCUCGGUUGACAUUUGUUGCCCUUCCCUAAUUGCCUUUGAACUGACAGCCUUGCUAUCUAUUUCAGAGGGCAAUUAAGAUUCAACUAGUGCUUUGGGUCUGAUGUCACAUGUAUGACUCAAAUUUCUGGAAUGUGGCUCGAUCCCUUAGCCUUUAGGCACAGAGGCAAGGGUGGCACCCACUAAGGUGAUGGAAUUUGGUCUUGGGUGUUUUGGGAGUUUUGUAGGGGCUGGUUUGCACAUGCUGGGGUGGGCGCAGGGUUGAGAAGCCUGGCUGACUUGCAGAGUGUCCCCCUCUGCUGUCCCUGAUCUUCAACCAGUCUAAAAAUUGCAGCAGGGCACGAAGUGACCAUUAAUUCGGUCUCUAUAUAGGUCAAGUCAGGUCAGGGCUGAAGCCAAGUCCCCUAGCAUAGGAUGGUAAAAUUCUACUCAAGGAUAGAGAAUGCACGAGACCUCCACUAAGCUAAAGUUUCAAUCUUUACAUCUUUAGUGCCUUCACUUCCUCAUUAACUAGUCAUAUCUCAAUUAGAGUGGGGGCAGGGGUGGUAUUCCAGAUCUUGGGGCUAGGCAACCAAAGGUACAACCUACAAGUGCAGCAAAGGUAACUGGGAAUGUCUAAACAGUCAAACUAAAGGCAGAGAAUGGGUUUUGGAGCUGGAAGUGCUUAGAGAAAUAAGGAGGGAUAUAAAGCCAUGGAGGGGUUUGAAAAUGAGGAUGAGAAUUUUAAAAUUGAGAAGUUGCUAAUGUGGGUUAAUGUGCACUGGGAAGAUGGGUGAACAGAACUUGGUGCAAGUGAGGAUACAGCCACCAAGGUCUGGAUUGCCUCAAGUUUAUGGAGAGUAGAAGAUAUGCCCAGUGAGGGAAGCAUUACAGCUGCGAAGUCUAGAGGCAACAAAUGUAUGGAUGAAGGUUUCAGAGUAGUUCAGGCAGAAUCUAUUAUUCACAGGAUGUUGACAUCUCUAGCUAGUCAGCACUUAAAAGUCAACCACAUUGUGGGUCUAGAGUCACAUGUAGGCCUAACCAGGUAAAUAUAGAAACAGAAGAUAGUAGCAGGAGGAGGCCAUUCGGCCGUUCAAGCCUGUUCCACCAUCCAUCACAAUCAUGGCUGAUUGUCCAACUCAAUAGCCUAAUCCUGCUUUCUCCCCACAACCUUUGAUCCAAUUUGCCCGAGGUGUGCUAUAUCUAGUCACCUUUUGAAUAUAUUCAGUGUUUUGGCAUCAACUACUUCCUGUGGUAAUGAAUUCCACAGGCUCACCACUCUUUGGGUGAAGAAAUGUCUCCUCAUCUCCGUCCUAAAUGGUCUACCCCAAAUCCUCAGACCGUGACCCCUGGGUCUGGACACACCCACCAUCGGGAACAUCCUCACUGCAUCUACCUUGUCCAGUCCUGUUAGAAUUUUAUAAGUCUCUAUGAGAUUCCCCCUCAUUUGUCUGAACUCCAGCGAAAACAAUCCCAACCUUGUCAAUCUCUCCUCAUAUAUCAGACCCACCAUCCCCGGAAUCAGCCUGGUAAACCUUUGCUGCACUCCCUUGAGAGCAAGAGCAUCCUUCCUCAGAAAAGGAGACCAAAACUGCACACAAUAUUCUAGGUCUCAAAGCCCUAUAUAACUGCAACAACACAUCCCUGCUCUUGUACUCGAAACCUCACGCAAUGAAGGCCAACAUACCAUUUGCCUUCUUUACUGCCUGCUGCACCUGCAUGCUUACCUUCAGCAACUGAUGCACAAGGACACCCAGGUUCUGCUGCACACUCCCCCUCUCCCAAUUUACAGCCAUUCAGGUAAUCUGCCUUCUUGUUUUUGCUUCCAAAGUGAAUAAUCUCACAUUUAUCCAAAUUAUUCUGCAUCUGCCAUUGAUUUGCCCACUCACCCACACUGUCGAGAUCAUGCUGAAGGAUCUCUGCAUCUUUAAUAAAAACCAAAAAAGAACUGAGGAUACUGUAAAUCAGGAACAAGUACAGAAGUUGCUGGAAAAGCUCAGCAGGUCUGGCAGCAUCUGUGAAGAAAAAAUCAGAGUUAACAUUUCGGGUCUGGUGACCCUUCUGAGCAAGUUAUGAGGAAGCGUCACCGGACCCAAAACGUUAACUGUGAUUUUAUUUUCUUCACAGAUGCUGCCAGACAUGCUGAGCUUUUCCAGCAACUUCUGUUUUUGAUCUCUGCAUCCUUGUCACAGUUCACCCUCCCAACUUGGUAUCAUCUGCAAGCUUUGAGAUGUUACAUUUUGUUCCCUAAUCCAAAUCAUUAAUAUAUAUUGUGAACAGCUGGGGUCUCAGCACCAAUCCCUGUGACACCCCACUAGUUACUGCCUGCCAAUUUGAAAAGGAUCCAUUAAUUCCUACUCUUUGUUUCCUCACUGCCAAUCAGUUUUCUCUCCAUCUCAAUGAACUUCCCCCCAUCCCAUGCACUUUAAUCUUGUACAAUAAUCUCUUACGUGGAACUUUGUCAAACGCUUUCCGAAAGUCUAAAUAUACCACAUCGACCGGCUCCCCUUGUCAACUCUACUAGUUUCAUCUUCAUUGAAUUCCAACAGAUUUGUCAAGCAUGAUUUCCCCUUCAUAAAUCCAUGCUGACUCUCUAAACCUGCCAUUGCUUUCUAAAAGCUGUGCUAUAAAGUCCUUGAUAAUGGAUUUGAGAAUUUUCUCCACUACCGAUGUUAGACUUACUGGUCUAUAAUUCGGUUUUCUCUCUACCUUCAUUUUUGAAAAUUGGAGUGACAUUAACUACCAUCCAAUCUGCAGGAUCUGUUCCAGAGUCUAUAGAAUCCUGGAAGAUGACCACCGCCAAUGCAUCCACUAUUUCUAGAGCUACUUCUGUAACUCUUCUGGGAUGUAGUUUAUCAGGCUGUGGGGAUUUAUCUGUUUUCAAUCCCAUCAAUUUUUCCCAGCACCAUUUCUCUACUAAUAUUGAUCUCCCUCAAUUCUUCCCUCUCCCUAAAUCUUGCACUUUUCGACACUUCUGGUAUCUGAUUUGUGUCCUCUUUUCUGAUGACAGAACCAAAGUACGUAUUCAGUUGCUCAGCCAUUUCUUGUCCCCUAUUAUACAUGCCCCCAUUUCAGUCUGUAGGACACCUACAUUUGUCUUUGCCAAUCUCCUUCUCUUCACGUACCUAUAGAAACUGUUAAUAUCAGUCUUUAUGUUCCUUGCAAGCUUUCUUUUGUACUGUA